GGGAUACUUUGCACGUUCCGCCGCCGAUGCGCGGGCGGGGCGGUGGCCUAUUCUUGGACACGCUGACCGGCCGGCCGGUCCCAUCCUCCGUAGACGCUAGCUGCAUGCGCGCGCGCGCACGGCGAGUUCGGCGGUGUGCCGGUUGUUGGUAGCAGCGGUGACCGUUUCUCGCCGAUCUAGAUACCCAGGAACAAGCUAGGCCCCUCGUCCCGGACUGCACAGAUCACGAGCACGUGCCAUUGGUCGCAAGGGUUGGGACCUUCGUCUUGCCAGUUUGACGUACGAAUCGAGAUCAUGGCGCUGGCAAGCAUCGACAAGGUGGUGCUGGGAUGCGUGGCGUUCGGCAUCUUCUGGGUGCUGGCAGUCUUCCCCUCGGUGCCGUUCAUGCCCGUGGGCCGGACGGCGGGUUCCCUCCUGGGCGCCAUGCUCAUGGUGCUCUUCCGCGUCAUUACCCCCGAGGAGGCCUACGCCGCCGUGGACCUCCCCAUCCUGGGCCUCCUCUUCGGCACCAUGGUCGUCAGCAUCUUCCUCGAGCGCGCCGACAUGUUCAAGUACCUCGGCAGCGCGCUCGCGUGGCGGAGCCGCGGGAGUAAGGACCUGCUCUUCCGCGUCUGCCUCGUCUCCGCCGUCGCCAGCGCGCUCUUCACCAACGACACCUGCUGCGUCGUGCUCACCGAGUUCAUCCUCAAGCUGGCGCGGCAGAACAACCUGCCGCCGCAACCGUUCCUGCUCGCGCUCGCGUCUAGCUCCAACAUCGGCUCCGCCGCUACACCCAUUGGCAACCCGCAGAACCUCGUCAUCGCCGUCCAGAGCGGAAUCACGUUCGGCCAGUUCCUGCUCGGCGUCUUCCCGGCCAUGAUCGUCGGCGUCAUCACCAACACCUGCAUCCUUCUCUGCUACUUCUGGAAGUACCUCUCUGUGCCGGUGAAGGACCAGGAGGGCGGGAACGCCGCGGGGCCGGAGGUCGUCGCCGACGACGAGGUCACCUCGCACCGGUUCACCCCUGCCAGGAUGUCCCACGCCUCGUCCGUCAACGGCGUCGAUGCCGACUGCGUCAGCGAGCCCAUCCGCCGGAGCGACAGCUUGAACAGGGCCGACACCUUGAGCCUGAGGAGCCGGAGCUACAACUCCGAGGGUGACAUCCAGGUCGCCAUCAGGUCGAUGCGCGCGUCGAGCAUGUCGCAGGAGAUGGUGGAGGUGUCCACAGUCUGCGAUAGGCGCGACGACGGCGUGGGACCGAGGAAGAUCACCAGGACGACCAGCCACCAGCGGAGCGUCAUCAUCGAGGACGCGCCCGAGGCGGACGCCAGUGAUGGCGAGAAGGGCAAGGACGGAGACGUGGCCGAGGAGAAGAGAUGGAAGGUGCUCGUGUGGAAGAGUGCUGUCUAUCUUACGACGCUUGGGAUGCUCGUCGCGCUGCUCAUGGGGCUCAACAUGUCCUGGUGCGCCAUCACUGCUGCUCUUGUCCUCCUGGCACUUGAUUUCACGGACGCACAAGCUUGCCUAGAGAAGGUAUCAUACUCAUUGCUGAUCUUCUUCUGUGGGAUGUUCAUAACGGUCGACGGCUUCAACAAGACCGGCAUACCGAACGCGCUCUGGGAACUGGUCGAACCAUAUUCGAGAAUCAAUAGCGCCAAAGGCAGUGCGCUCCUUGCAGUUGUGAUCCUUGUCCUCUCAAAUGUGGCCUCAAAUGUCCCAACAGUUCUACUGCUCGGGUCAAGAGUGGCAGCAUCGGCAGCUGCGAUCUCCCCUGCUUCAGAGAAGAAAGCCUGGCUCAUACUAGCCUGGGUCAGCACGGUGGCUGGCAACCUGACCCUCCUGGGCUCAGCUGCGAACCUGAUCGUCUGCGAGCAGGCGAGGCGGGUUCAGUUCUUCGGGUACAACCUCACCUUCUGGAGCCACCUCCGCUUCGGCGUGCCGUCGACAAUCAUCGUCACCGCGAUCGGCCUGCUCAUCGUCGUCAGUUACUGAACCAGCACAAGGAUCUAGCACCUGUAGCCAGCAGGAACAGUGCAGGAAGCCAGGUUACCAUCCAAAAGGAAGGAAGCAACUGUGCAAAUGGGAAUGUACCCGAGAAGGGAGAUAUUGUACUCAUAGGUUUUUGUUGUAAGUUGUAACUGCCUUUAUGUUCGUGUAAUUUUCGUGCAAACGAAACGCGAAAGCGUCGGCUCGCCCUGCUGCAAAAGCAGAUAAUGGGCAAGGUUAUAGAUGCCCCGACGAAGUGGUCGGCAUUCCUGCUCUAAGGCGAAAACUUGGUCUAGUUUAAGUAGGAUUGCUAGGAAAAUGGUUUGGUAUGUCAGUUAAUUUCAGUUUCGGUGUUGCAAUCGCGAAUCAGGCGCCUUGUGUUUGGCACUUCCACUGAGGAAAAAAUAGGCUGUGGCAAGCUGUGCACUUUGUAACGUUGUAUGCAUAAGAAAAAAAUGUGUUGAUAUAAGGCUCAAGCAAUUAUUGGUACAAAGAGUAA